AUGGGAUCCGAACAGAAAAAGAAAAUUGACAUCGUCUUUGGUGCGAUGACCUUUGGCAGAACAGGUGUGGAACAAGCAAGAAUUCACGAUCUCAAAUACGCUGCAGCAAUGCUAGAUACUUUCCAAAGUCAUGGGGGCAAAGUAGUCGACACAGCUCGAGUAUAUGCUCAGGGUUCGUCAGAAGAAUAUCUCGGACAUCUGGACUGGCAGAGUCGGGGUCUAAGAGUCGAUACAAAGCUGUACCCUAAUAUCCAUGACGGGACAGGCAAGAUUACUCACUCUGCCCGUGACCUUCGUGUCUAUCUUGAAGAGUCACUCAAGGCGUUGAAAACAGAAAAAAUUGACCUUUGGUAUCUUCACGGGCCAGAUCGCGAUACUCCAUUUGAAGAUACCCUUCGCACUUGCAAUGAGCUUCACAAGGAAGGUAAAUUUAAUCAACUUGGCCUGAGCAAUUACAUGGCCUGGGAAGUGGCAUACAUAAGCGAAUUAUGCAUUAGCAAAGGAUGGAUUCGCCCAACGGUAUACCAGGGAGUAUACAAUGCUAUUCACCGCACAGUGGAGAUGGAAUUGUUCCCUUGCCUACGACAUUACGGCAUCAAAUUUUACGCCUUCAGUCCACUGGCUGGUAGUCAACUCACCGAUAAAUACAAACGCGAUACACAUGACUCAAACAUCGAAUCCAUGUCUCGAUUCGAUCCAAAGACCUUCCAGGGCCGUAAAUAUCGCCGCCGGUUUUGGAAUGACACUAUCUUUGAUGCUCUUGACAUCAUCAGGGAAUCGACUAGGAAAUACAAUUUGACUGAGACGGAAUCUGCUUUGAGAUGGAUUGUUCACCAUUCCCAGCUGGAUGGUAGUCGUGGUGAUGCUGUGAUUAUUGGUGCAAGUAGCCUGCAGCAACUUCGGCAAAACCUUGCGGAUCUGGAGAAGGAUCCUCUUCCGAGUGAUAUAGUUGAAGCGCUCGACAAUGGAUGGAGGAUUACAAAGGGUGCUGUAAAUAAUUACUGGCACUGA